AUGGACCUACGUGAUUUGCCUAAUGAAGAAAAAGAUGAAAACGAAAAGGUAACUGAAGACAACAUUUUCCUGAUGCUAGACUUCGAUGAAAUCAGCGAGAGACUUAAGGUGAACAUUGCGUUUUCGGAGCAGGAAACUCUUCAGAAAGGAACUGAAUCAAUUCAGUCCACAAACUUUGAAGCUCCAAGCCAAAAUACUCUGUCACAGCCCACAAACUUUGAAGCUUCUAGCCAAACUACUGUGUCGCAGCCCACAAACUUUGAAGCUUCUAGCCAAACUACUGUGUCGCAGCCCACAAACUUUGAAGCUCCAAGCCAAACUACUGUGUCGCAGCCCACAAACUUUGAAGCUUCUAUCCAAACUACUGUGUCGCAGCCCACAAACUUUGAAGCUCCAAGCCAAACUACUGUGUCGCAGCCCACAAACUUUGAAGCUCCAAGCCAAACUACUGUGUCGCAGCCCACAGACUUUGAAGCUCCAAGCCAAACUACUGUGUCGCAGCCCACAAACUUUGAAGCUUCUAGCCAAACUACUGUGUCGCAGCCCACAAACUUUGAAGUUCCAAGCCAAACUACUGUGUCACAGCCCACAAACUUUGAUGCUUCUAGCCAAACUACUGUGUCGCAGCCCACAAACUUUGAAGCUUCUAGCCAAACUACUGUGUCGCAGCCCACAAAAUUUGAAGCUCCAAGCCAAACUACUGUGUCGCAGCCCAAAAACUUUGAAGCUCCAAGCCAAACUACUGUGUCGCAUCACAAGAACAUUGAAGCUCCAAGCCAAACUACUGUGUCGCAUCCCAAGAACCUUGAAGCUCCAAAGCCAAACUACUGUGUCACAGCCCAAAAACAUUGA